GUAUACAUGGAAAUGCCAAGCAAGUACCUCACUCGCAUCGCCAAGGGUAGGAAGACCGUUGAUCUGAUCACCGAGAUCUACGGCGAGGAUGGCGCCGCCACCUCUGACCCUCCCGAGAUACGCAAGGCAUUCCACUCGUUCUACUCCAAGCUCUACACCAAGGGCGCGGACGACGCCGAUGAGCAUGAGAGACUACUGUCCCACUGGAGCCCGGACUGCCGGGAGCACCUACAGCCACUCGAGGAGCCCAUCACGGCCGAUGAGGUCCUCUCCGCCAUCUCCACCACGGAUACCUCAAAGUCUCCAGGCCCAGAUGGACUCACUGGUCAGUUCUACGUAACACACGCCGAGGUCCUUGCCCCCUUCCUCGCCACCACUUUCAACAACAUGCUGCUCGACCCUGAGACCAUCACCAGUGWUUUCAAGUGUGGAAUCAUCCACACCAUCUUCAAGAAAGGCGACAGGCUGGACAUUGCCAACAGACGUCCCAUCACCUUACUCAACGUGGAUUACAAGCUCCUCAGCAAGGUCAUCAAUGCCAGACUCACCAAGCUCCUCGACAGUCUGAUCAACCCAUUGCAGAAUGGCUUCGUCCCUGAGAGACUGAUCCACGACAACACCAUCCUACUGCAGGAAGUCAUCGACACGGCUGCCCAAGACAUGGCGACUGGCUAUGUCACGCUGUUUGAUUUCCAGAAGGCGUUCGACUCCAUAUCGCAUGACAGCAUCGAGCGCACUCUCCGCCAUGUCGGCAUCCCGCCGUUGAUGGUCGGGCUCGUCAUGGCCCUGCUGCGGGGAUCCGUGGCCAGAGUCAGCGUCAACGGCAUCCUCACUGAUGCCCUGCCCCUGGACAGGGGCACCAAGCAAGGUGACCCUCUCUCCCCGACGCUCUUUGUGCUGGUCAUUGAGGCACUGGCAGCAGCAAUCAACGCCGACCAAUCCAUCGUGGGCCUGCCUGUGUCACCGCCCCUCGACACAUUAGUCGACGCCGACGACACUGCAGCGCUCACCAGGUCACUCGAGGAACUCUUGAGAGUGAUUGAAUGGUUCAAGGUCUUCUGCAAAGCCACCUCGUCAGCCAUCAAUGUCGACAAGUCUGUCCACAUUGUCCUGGGCGAUGCACCAACGUCUGAGCUCCCCUACCCAGUGGCCACCGAACCUGAAAGGUACUUGGGCGUCAACUUCACCAAGCAGGGCAUCUACUCCAAGUUCAAGACUCUCAUCAGCUCCCUCCGCGGCAGACUCUCGCUCUUCAAGUCUGAAAGCACCACACUGCGGUCCAAGGUUGCAGCUCUCAAGUCUUACGCCCUCCCCCCCUCUGAUGUACCACUUCUAUCUGGACUCACCGACCAAGUGGCAGAUCAAGAAGAUCGAAAACCUCACCAAAUGGUUCAUCUCAGCCCCCAAGACCACCGCCUACGGCUCCAGCUUCAUCAACACGAUGGCACUGGACCGUGCCAGCUUCCAUUGGGAUCAAGGUGGCCUCAACCUCUGGGACAUUGGCCUCAGAUCAAUUGCCUA